AUGUUUCGACCUCUGACCCUGAAGAGUCUCAUGCCUCUGGCACCUCCACGCCUCAUGAGAAGCACCAGCAGUGGGACCAAUAAUGGGCUCAAACUGGCCAACAAAAUCGCAGUGGUCACAGGAUCCAUGCUUGGGAUUGGCUUCGCCGUCGCCCGGUGUCUGGCCCAGGGCGGAGCCCAUGUGGUCAUCAGCAGCCGGAAGCAGCAGAAUGUGGACCACGCAGUGGCCACGCUGAAGGGGGAGGGGCUCAGCGUGACGGGCACCGUGUGCCACGUGGGGAAGGCCGAGGACCGGGAUUGGCUGGUGACCAUGGCUCUGAAACGCUGUGGGAGCGUGGACUUUCUGGUGUGCUCAGCAGGGGUCAACCCCUUGGUGGGAAGUACCCUGGGGGGCAGUGAGGAGACCUGGGACAAAAUCAUGGACGUCAAUGUGAAGGCACCAGCCCCCCUUCUGAGAUAGCUGCUGCCCUACAUGGAGAAGAGGGGGAGAGGGCAAGGUUCAGUGGUCCUGGUCUCCUCCAUUGCUGCCUAUUUCCCAGUUACUAAGCUGGGAGUCUGCAGUGUCAGUAAAACAGCCCUACUGGGCCUCACCAAGACUCUGGCAGUGGAACUGGCACCAAAGAACAUCCGGGUGAACGGCCUAGUACCAGGAAUCAUAGAAACGGCGUUCAGCAAAGUGCUCACUGAAGACAAGGCCUUAAUAGACCAUCUCAACCAUUUUUUCGGUUUACAGAGACUGGGACAGCCUGAGGACCAUGCCGGACUUGUGUCCUUCCUGUGCUCCCCAGACUCCGGCUUCAUCACUGGUGAGAACAUCGCAGUGGCCGGCUUGUCCCCCCAUGUCUGAGGGGCUUCUCCAUGCAGGAGCCCCAUGUGCCUGUGCUCCAAGUGUGUACACUUUAAUUGAAACCCUUCCCUGACAGAAAUAAUAAAGAACGUAG